GUGACGAGCACGAGAGAACAACAUAAACAUUCGAGUUGUCUACUUCGACAGUGUCGCGUAUCGUCGAAAUUUUUGUGCAGUGAUUUUUGAUAGGAAGAAAAAUUCGCUUAGUGGCUAUCUUUGGAAAUUUUUCUACCAAAUUCUAUCGUUUCGACAAAUUAUUGGAUUAAUCGAAGCUUAAUAGCCUUAGGAUGACCAUUCUGACGAAACCCUUCGGGGAUGUGAAGAAGCCAGAAAAACCCCUUGUGGGGGCCGUUCCCAGUGCACCGGAGGAGGUCCCGCACGAUGCCGAAUCAGGCACAUCUAGCAUCAUUCUGAUCCGUCGGGCUCGUCGCAUUACAUCCGCCACGUAUACCUACAUCCUGUUUCUGAUUGCGCUGCUGGUAACAUCCCUUGGAAUCAUUGCCGGUGUGUUUUAUUAUCGUCAGUAUGCGCAUUCGCGGAAUCACAUGCGGUUCCAUGGUUUCUGCCAGAUCCCGUAUGAUUCAUCUAGCAUCAACGACGACAACAUGAUUUAUAUGAACUCCAUGCUACGCGACGGCAGCAAGGAUGAAGGCAUGAUAGGACUAAACUCGCCACUGCAUCGAAUUGGCGACAUCGAGGAUUUCUUCAAACCAAUUCAGCGUGAAAUGAAUGAAAUUGAGUCACGAAUGCAGGAAACCGAGAAGGAAGUUAACGAUCAGUUCUUCAAGGAAGAGUUCGAAUUGGGUCUGUCCGAUGAUGAAAACUACUCGAAAAUCGACGUUCCGGUGUUCCGUGGUCAACGACAGGGUCGUUUCCUGCACGACUUCCGGUUCAAUCAGUCCGGUAUCAUCGACAAGGACAGCGGCCGAUGCUUCCUGAUGCCACUGGAUCGCGAAACGGUGCUGCCGCCCAGAUCGCUUCACGAUCUGAUCGAAAAGAUGUGGAACGGAUACUACAACAUCAACACCAACACCGUCCGCAAGAACAUGCGCGUUAUUACCCCGGAGCUGAAAGAUUUGGAUGACGUUUCACCCAGAAUCACCAAGGAGUGCGAAGAUAUGAAGAUCUAUCGGUUGGAGAAACUUAUUUCUGGAGUUUUCAAACGGUCGGCCGAUCUUCACGAGCACGCCAAAUUCGCAGAAUUCGGUGGCAACUACAUCUCUGUGAUCGACAUUCAAAACAUGGAGGACAUUGUUUAAUAGAGCUGAACAAGGAAGCUAUAGCUAUAAGCUUAUUCGGAGGGAUGAGUAAGUAAAUUUUGAAGUAGUACUAGAAGAAACAUGGAAAAAAUAGCUGAUUCAAUACGAAAUUCCUGCGGGGGAAUCUUUGUCCGUGUACAGACAUUACUGGAUUUCAUGUUACGACAGCCCGAAACAAAGAAUUGAUUUCCUUGAGAAUAACUACAAAACACUGGUGCGUUUAAGUUACGUAGAAAACCAAUCCGCUAAAAUCUAUCAUGUUAUGAUUGAAAAAGACAAGCUAGAAGUACUGUGUAGAUCGCAAACUUUAAAUCAUAGAGGAAGUAAAACCUAUAUAUUUUGAAGCAGGCAAUUGUUUUAACAAAACACCAUUAAGAGUCAGAUAUUGAACAUGCAAAUAGAAAUAUUAGCUUGCGAUAGUUUUAUAUGAAGAAAAAAAACAUUUCAAAUAUUAACCAUAUUUAUAACCAACAAAUUUGUCAAUCUCUGAAUGUAGUUUUCGUGAAGCAAUUCUGUUCACUUCAAUAAUUCAGCAGUCAAUCAUGUGAUACCAACCAUUAUUUUUUCAGAAAAGUUUACCUAUAUUUUUGAAUUGCAAAAAAAAACAGAACGAUUAAUGCUACUAAAGCCUAUCUGCUACUAAGUUUUAACGAACUUACUAAAUAAGUAAACAAACCGUUACCGAAAAGUUCUACAGAAAAUAACUAAAGGAGUGUGUUAUUUCAGAAUUUUGUAAUUUGAUCAAUAAGAUAUAAAUAUGUUAAUUUAUCGUAAACGUAUCGGUCGGUGGUAAACGGAUUUGUGUACCCCCACACCAGUUGUGGUUGCAUUGUGAAUGGGACGGACCUUCGUUCUAGCUUUCUGAUUUCACUUUACGAAAAAAAAAAAACAAGAAUCUAUAAUUGUUCAAAAGCACGAAAGUGAAUGUAAUAAUCCCUGUACAUUUUGGAGAAAACAAAUCAAUGUAGUACCAUCACAAUAAAUUGAAUUGCAGUUUACAUUGGAAUAUUGAAAUAAAGAUUUACUAUAA